AUGAACGCUUUCAUGUUUCUUUUCACCUUCGUGGCGUCUGUCCUUGGUCUACCGCAUGUCGCUAUGAUCGAUACACCGGCCAUCCGCGACGUGGGCCUAAUCUUCGAUGAUCGUUAUUACAAGGGCAACUCCACGUUCAUCUUCGAACUUCGGGACAAGCCCACUUGCAUCCCAAUUAAUGUGGACUCCCAAAAUCGUCCUCGAGGUUUUAGCAUCAAGUCGGUUCAGGUCUGCAAGCCCACCACGUGCGCCUUCUUCACUGGGGACAAGUGCACUAGUAAGUCUACUGGCACUUUCUCCGUCACAUGCAAGGGCCCUGGAGACGUGCCGAACCACGACUCGAACGACGUCUACAAGUCAUACAUCUGUGGGCAGAACAUCUCCAAGCGUGGGAGCCUGGAGGACACAAAGGCACUCGUCACCGUGCCGCAUAAUUUUAAUGCAGGCAUGGUCUAGGUACGAUUGACCUCUGCGCAUGAAGGCUAUUUAUCAUACUCAUCAUGCUCACAGACUGCUUCACUUCGCCUUGUCGCAACCGUCACCGUGUCUCGACGAUCUGUUUGUAGCCGAAUCGGUUCAGCAAUCAUUGCAAUUGCGAAUUCCACAUCCUCCCCAUAGCCACGUUUUUUGAGUCAUAACGGCGUCCGGAGAUGUUGAUAGCUCGCCACGGUGCCCUGUAAGAUCGAUUUGUUACCAUUUGUCUUAAUAUAAAA